UAUCUGGUGUGCAAAAGGAAGCUCGAAAGUAAAAAGGAGGCAUUGCUAAUUCUUUCCAAAGAGCUGGACACCUGUCAACAAGAAAGAGAUCAAUACAAGCUAAUGGCCAACCAGUUACGUGAACGACACCAGUCUCUGAAAAAGAAGUAUCGGGAGCUGAUUGAUGGGGACCCAUCCCUUCCGCCUGAAAAGAGGAAACAGGCAAACCUUGCUCAGCUACUGAGUGAGGCUCAAGAUCGAAAUAAACAUCUUGGAGAAGAGAUUAGAGAGCUUCAGCAGAGACUGGGAGAAGUACAAGGGGACAAUAAGCUCCUUCGAAUGACAAUAGCAAAGCAGAGACUUGGAGACGAUGAAGUUGGGGCUCGACACUUUGCAGCACAUGAGCGGGAGGACCUUGUUCAACAAUUGGAGAAGGCUCGAGAACAAAUUGAGACUCUCAGAUACGAUCUUCAGGCUGCACUGGAUGAGUUACAGGAUGUGAAAGAGGAACGCUCUUUUUACCAAGAUAAGUCUGACAGACUAAACCAAGAACUUAAUCAUGUCUUAGGAGGGCAUGAAAACCGUAUCAUCGAUGUAGAUGCUCUGUGUAUGGAGAACAGGUAUCUUCAAGAGAGAUUAAAACAACUUCAAGAGGAAGUCAACCUUCUUAAGUCUAAUAUUACUAAAUAUAAGAAUGCACUAGAGAGACGAAAAAAUUCAAAGUCUCAUAGUAGAUCCAGUAGCAGUGCUCUGACUGGAGUCCUGUCUGCAAAGCAAGUCCAAGAGCUGUUGUCGGAGGAUCAUGGAUGUAGCCUACCAGCCACACCACAGUCUAUUUCAGAUCUCAAAUCACUGGCCACUGCAUUGCUGGAAACUAUCCAUGAAAAAAACAUGGUCAUACAACACCAAAGGCAAACCAACAAAAUUCUAGGUAAUCGAGUGGCAGAACUAGAAAAGAAAUUGAGAACUUUGGAAAUUGCUGGCUUGUGGAGUCUUCCAGGUGGAAAGGAUACCAUAACAUUCAGUGAUCCAGCUUUGCCUGUUAUACAGCGGUCCAGGUCACCGUUGUUAGCGUUUGCUGAUAAGCCACAGAAAACUGAAGUACUACAAGCAGAACAGAAGGGAGAAUGUGAUGAAACGUGUGCUGUUGCAAGUGAGUCCGUGGCUCCAGAGGGAACAAACUUAAAUAACAGAAACCAAAAUAAACGUUUUUAUCCUUCAUUACCCCAGCUACCUUCCGAGGAAGAAGAAAUAAACAAGCUCGGAAGUCAGAUAAUUAAACUGACAGAGCUGGCAGUUGCAGAACUCGGGGGGAAAAGAGCAGGCACUUCUGCAGGGGAGCAGAACCCGGUGCUUGGAGCAGAGCUUAAUGAUUCAUCUGAAGGAGAGUUCCCACCUUCCAGCCUUGACCCAUCUGACCCCACAGAUCCCUCAAACUCAGAGAACGAACAAACAGCUGAAACUGAGGCCCUGAAAGACAAUGACAAAACCUCAGAGAGUGAUUGUGAAAUCCCAAAUGAAAGAGGCAAUCAAAAUAGCAGCACUGUGGAUGUGGUGCACCCUGAGGACCCUGGAAGGACUUUAGAAAUGCGGAAAUCAUAUCCAGACAUAUAA